CCGCGCCGCCGCCGCCGCCGCUCAGCUCCCGCGGGAGCGUCCAGGACUCGCUGCGCCAGGCGCGCCGUCCCCGGACCCGGCGUGCGUUCCCACGAGGGCAGUGACCCCGCCGCUCCACCCGCCUCUCCGCCCCGCUUCCUGCCUCCUUCGCCACCCCCGACGAGGGCCCAGGAGACAGCCGAGCCUGCCCUCGCCCCCCGCCCGCCGCCCUUCCGCCGCUCUGCGCGCCAUGGACGCCCAGGAGCCGCAGCCCGACCCCGACGGCGGGGACGCCCCGGGCCACGAGCCUGGAGGCAGCCCCCAAGACGAGUUCGACUUCUCCAUCCUCUUUGAUUAUGACUAUUUGAAUCCUAUCGAAGAAGAACCGAAUGCACAUAAGGUCGCCAGCCCACCCUCCGGACUCGCAUACCCCGAUGAUGUCCUGGACUAUGGCCUCAAGCCAUACAGCCCCCUAGCCAGUCUCUCUGGCGAGCCCCCCCGCCGGUUGGGAGAGCCGGAUAGGGUAGGGCCCCAGAACUUUCUGUGCCCUGCCAAGCCAGCGGGGGCCUCGGGCCUGAGCCCUCGGAUCGAGAUCACUCCAUCCCACGAACUGAUGCAGGCAGGGGGGCCCUUCCGCGUGAGAGACACUGGCCUCCUGGUGGAGCAGCCGCCCCUGCCGGGGGUGGGCGCCAGCCCGAGGUUCACGCUGCCCGUGCCCGGCUUCGAGGGCUACCGCGAGCCGCUUUGCUUGAGCCCCGCUAGCAGCGGCUCCUCUGCCAGCUUCAUUUCCGACACCUUCUCCCCCUACACCUCGCCCUGCGUCUCGCCCAAUAACGGCGGGCCCGACGACCUGUGUCCCCAGUUUCAAAACAUCCCUGCUCAUUAUUCCCCCAGAACCUCGCCAAUAAUGUCACCUCGAACCGGCCUCGCUGAGGACAGCUGCCUGGGCCGCCACUCGCCCGUGCCCCGUCCGGCCUCCCGCUCCUCGUCGCCUGGUACCAAGCGGAGGCAUUCGUGCGCUGGGGCCUUGGUUGCCCCGCUGCCCGGAGCCUCACCCCAGCGCUCGCGGAGCCCCUCGCCGCAGCCCCGGGACGACGGCGCCCCUGCCGGGUACCCCCCUGUGGCUGGCUCUGCCGUCCUCAUGGAUGCCCUGAACAGCCUCGCUGCCGACUCGCCCUGUGGGAUCCCCACCAAGAUGUGGAAGACCAGCCCCGACCCGUCGCCGGUGUCCACCGCCGCGUCCAAGGCUGGCCUGCCCCGCCACAUCUACCCGGCCGUGGAGUUCCUGGGGCCCUGCGAGCAGGAAGAGAGGAGGAACUCAGCCCCCGAGUCCAUCUUGCUGGUGCCACCAACUUGGCCCAAGCAGCUGGUGCCCGCCAUUCCCAUCUGCAGCAUCCCAGUGACUGCAUCCCUCCCUCCACUUGAGUGGCCACUGUCCUACCAGUCAGGCUCCUAUGAGCUGAGGAUCGAGGUGCAGCCCAAGCCACAUCACCGAGCUCACUACGAGACAGAAGGCAGCCGAGGGGCUGUCAAAGCUCCAACCGGCGGCCACCCUGUGGUUCAGCUCCAUGGCUACAUGGAAAACAAGCCGCUGGGGCUUCAGAUCUUCAUUGGGACGGCCGACGAGCGGAUCCUUAAGCCCCAUGCCUUCUACCAGGUACACCGGAUCACGGGGAAAACCGUCACCACCACCAGCUACGAGAAGAUCGUGGGCAACACCAAAGUCCUGGAGAUUCCGCUGGAGCCAAAAAACAACAUGAGGGCAACCAUUGACUGUGCGGGGAUCCUGAAGCUUCGGAAUGCGGACAUUGAGCUGCGGAAAGGCGAGACGGACAUCGGGAGGAAGAACACACGGGUGAGGCUGGUGUUCCGGGUGCACAUUCCAGAGUCCAGCGGAAGGAUCGUCUCCUUGCAGACAGCAUCUAACCCCAUCGAGUGCUCCCAGCGAUCCGCCCAUGAGCUGCCCAUGGUGGAAAGACAAGACAUCGACAGCUGCCUGGUCUACGGGGGCCAGCAGAUGAUUCUCACGGGACAGAACUUCACGGCCGAGUCCAAAGUCGUGUUUACCGAGAAGACCACAGAUGGGCAGCAGAUUUGGGAGAUGGAGGCCACGGUGGAUAAAGACAAGAGCCAGCCUAACAUGCUUUUUGUUGAGAUCCCUGAGUAUCGGAACAAGCACAUUCGGACAUCCGUGAAGGUGAACUUCUACGUCAUUAACGGGAAAAGAAAACGAAGUCAGCCUCAGCACUUUACCUACCACCCAGUCCCAGCCAUCAAGACGGAGCCCACCGAUGAAUACGACCCCACCUUGAUCUGCAGCCCUGCCCACGGAGGCCUGGGGAGCCAGCCUUACUACCCACAGCACCCAAUGGUGGCCGAGUCCCCCUCCUGCCUCGUGGCCACCAUGGCUCCCUGCCAGCAAUUCCGCUCAGGGCUCUCAUCCCCCGACGCCCGCUACCAGCAGCAGAACCCAGCGGCCGUCCUCUACCAGCGGAGCAAGAGCCUGAGCCCCAGCCUGCUGGGCUACCAGCAGCCGGCCCUCAUGGCCGCCCCCCUGUCCCUCGCGGAUGCCCACCGCUCCGUGCUAGUGCACGCUGGCUCCCAGGGCCAGAGCUCGGCCCUGCUCCACUCCAGUCCAGCCAACCAGCAGGCCUCACCGGUGAUCCACUACUCGCCCACCAACCAGCAGCUGCGCUGCGGAAGCCACCAGGAGUUCCAGCACAUCGUGUACUGCGAGAACUUCGCGCCCGGCACCACCAGGCCCGGCCCACCCCCUGUCAGUCAAGGUCAGAGGCUGAGCCCGGGCUCCUACCCCACGGUCAUUCAGCAGCAGAAUGCCACAAGCCAAAGAGCCGCCAAAAACGGACCUCCGGUCAGUGACCAAAAGGAAGUAUUAGCCGCGGGCGUGACGAUUAAACAGGAGCAGAACUUGGACCAGACCUACUUGGAUGACGAGCUGAUAGACACACACCUUAGCUGGAUACAAAACAUAUUAUGAAACAGAAUGACUGUGAUCUUUGAUCCAAGAAAUCAAAGUUAAAGUUAAUGAAAUUAUCAGGAAGGAGUUUUCAGGACCUCCUGCCCGAAAUCAGACGUAGAAGAAGCCAUUAGCAAGACACCAUCCACAUUGCUAACCCCGGAGCCUCCCACCGUCCUCCCCGGUAUCCACCCCACCUGGAGGCUAAGCACGGGACCAUGUACCGGCCGAAAGCUCACCCUCCGCUCCGGAGCUCGCCUCCUCUCUCUGUGCAUUCGGAGUCUUGUUCUAAAUCCCAAAGAGCAUCUCGGUUGACUUUCAGGUGUCCCAUCCAUAUCUUAAGUGCCUGCUGACCCCAAAUACAUCCUGAACCAGACCACCCGCUGGAAUGCGCCUGAGAGCCGAGAGCCUGCAGCCGGGGACUCGGGGGACGGAAGAUGGGGAUGCAGUUAAACCCCAGCCCUUAGCCUUCACUUCUUUGGGUCACAGAUACAGCUCUUGUACCUUUUGAAGGAAAGGAGUUCUCCAACAGAGCCACCAAAGGAACGUGACCCAGCUUACAGGCUGAAGAAAAACAAAGAAGCCGGCCCAUCUUCCCUAGGGAUUGCCCGUCCACACCAGGGAUGGGCCACAGCUCAAGCUUGAUUUUUAAAUGUUCUGCUUCUGAAUCAAGAACAGUCUGGCUCAUACAAGAUCACCUGUUAAAACUUCUCGGCGUUAUGACAUGUGUACACUUUUUUUUCUUCUCCGCUUUCAAAAAGCUGGCCAGAGGCGGGGGGCGGGGGCCCUCUUGGCUAGCUGCCCUUCCCCCCGGCAGCACGCAGUCACGGGCUAGAGGAGGUCACCCAGGCUGCCGGGUGAGCACGCAUCCGCUGCAGCCGGACAAGCUUCGCGGCUUUUUGAUGUUCCCGCUUUCUUUCCUCUAACAGCCCAAGUGCUUUUCCAGAAAGUACAGUAGUGAAGAAGAAUCUCAAGCAUGGGCGUUGAAUUUUGAGAAGGAACGGCAGAAGGGCUAAAGCAGCCAAAAAAAAAAAAAAGAAAAAAGUGCAGGUAUUUUUGUUAAGUAAAACGGUUGCAAAGUAUGGCAGCUGGUAGGCCUAAGUGCUUCGGUGGGUGGGCGCCCCCAUGAUAGAGGAAAAAGGCUGAAUUCCCUCUCUGGCCUAGACUCAAAGUGGGAUACUCAAGCUCACAAUUUGGCCCCAAAGUUCAUUGGUUAUUUUUAACUGAACCCAUUGAAACCCGCCCCCGGCCCCAGUCCCCAAGACGCCUCUGCAUUAGCUGCUUCAUCCAGCACAAAUGUGAUCUGAAUAGAAGCAGAUCCUCUCCCACACAGCCCUUCGUUUGAAUGCGCUCCGCUCAGACCACUCGUAUGGAGUGUGCAACUUAGCCCUGAGUGUUUUUCUCUCCUCUGAGUGCACCCACGGUCCGCCAAAGUCUUCCUCCUUUGGGGCAAUUUUUGCAAACAAAUAAAACCUUCCAAGUUCUUGGCAGGUGAGCUUUUAAUCACACAGAUGUGUUUGUUUACAUUCAUUGCAGACACCCCAGGACAAACUGGGGAUUCCUUUUCAGCCAUUUAAUUGCUUCCCUGUAAUCAAACACAGAGUGUAAAUAUUCCUGGCACUCUUCAAAAGGCUGUACUCAGGCCUUCUGCCUAGCAGAGUUGAUUGAAAAAAUCACUCUACGAAGAGAAUCGUGGCAGUUAAGGGCCCACUGUGGGUUUUCUAACUCCUGGCUUUGUCAUCAGAGCCUUUCUGAGAGCUGGGCCAGGAACUCCGGACCUGUGGCCCCGGCCUGGUGUGUUUGGGGCUCCAGAGAGAGGAUAGAAUGCAGCACAUGUCUGUACCCUUUUGGUCAGGACCUAGCAUUUCUUCCCUCCCACCCCCCCACCCCCAAGGACAGGGGACUCUUCCACCCACCCCAAGCAGAGUUUAGCAAAAUUCUUUUCAACAAACAGAAUGCCAGUAAGAAAUUGACCGCCAUCGCAAAGCUUCUGGGAUGCAAAAUUCUUCCUCAUUAAUAAAGAGUUCCUUAUCCAAGCAGCUUUACCUAAAGAACUUUCUUUCCAGCAAUAUUGACUUCACAGGGGAAGGGUUCAAGCGUUUGGUGAGCGAUUUGUUCUCACUUGACCUGGCUGGGAGCCAUUUUUUGCACAUGAGGGAAUUUGGCCUUUCCUCAGUUAUCUGAAUGUUUUACCCAAGUGCCUUCCUGCUAUUGUAGCAGUCGCUCAGCUGCAUUUUGCAUGGGGUGAAAAAGGACUAAUGCGUUUUCCAUCACUAUUCUAACCAUGUUAGUGCAAAGGGCCUCCUAGUAGUUCAAAUUCCUGUAUGUAUAGAUGUACGUGUGUGUGUGUAUAAGACACUCACAAACUCUUUUUCUAAGACAUCCUCGCUGGGUAUUAUAGGAAGCACUUUCAUAAACAACUAUACCAAAUAGCAAAGGAAAGAAACAAAAGCAUUAGUUUUGAGACAUAAACAGGCAAGAGAAUGUGUAGUAAGACUCGACAGCAGUCAAGAAAGUUCUGUCAGUUACAGAUGCCAGGAGGAAGUUUUGCCAAGAGUAAACUGCUCAUGAAAUAUUUUCAGUAUGGGAAGAGGCAAUAGGUCCUCGAAGAGAAAGAAAAAGGAUGUCUAAACUGUCAAGAUGGGUGUGUUGCACGUAUGUUAGAAGGAUCUGUUAGGUGGAGGUUUGUACUUGCUACAACCAAGGCAAUGUAAAUAUAUAGCACUUCCAACAGCAGUCUGCCCUGUUGCUGAAUGUAGUAUAUUUCCAAAGUUUGAGUCUUCCUGUAUUGUACAA